AUGGCGUCGCCCUUCAGCGGGGUGCUGCAGCUAACAGACCUGGAUGACUUCAUCGGACCGUCUCAGGAUGGAGGGACCCGGAAGCUGGAGAAGGCCAAGAUCUCGCUGGAUGACUGCCUGGCAUGCAGUGGCUGUGUCACCUCGGCAGAGACCGUGCUCAUCACUCAGCAAAGCCACGAGGAGCUGCGGAAGGUUAUAGAUGCCAAUAAGACGGCGGCCCCCGAUCAGCAGAGGCUGGUUGUCGUGUCCGUCUCGCCCCAGUCCAGGGCAUCGCUGGCUGCACAGUUCGGGCUGAACCCUACAGACACUGCCAGGAAGCUGACUGCAUUCUUCAAGAAAAUCGGGGUGCACUACGUGUUCGAUACCUCCUUCUCGAGGAACUUCAGUCUCCUCGAGAGCCAGCGAGAGUUUGUGCAGAGAUUCCGAGGACAGGCCGACUCCCAGCAGGCCUUGCCUGUGCUUGCGUCCGCCUGCCCAGGCUGGAUCUGCUACGCGGAGAAGACGCACGGAAGCUUCCUCAUCCCCUACCUCAGCACUGUUCGGUCCCCACAGCAGGUCAUGGGCUCCCUGGUCAAGGACUUCUUUGCCCAGCAGCAGCAUUUGACCCCGGACAGGAUCUACCACGUGACGGUCAUGCCCUGCUAUGACAAAAAGCUGGAAGCUUCCAGACCAGACUUUUUCAGCCAGGACUACCAGACUCGUGAUGUGGAUUGUGUUGUCACCACAGGAGAAGUCUUCAAGCUGCUGGAAGAAGAAGGGGUCUCACUCUCAGAACUGGAGCCAGCCCCCCUGGACAGUCUGUGCAGCAGUGUGUCUGCCCAGGAGCCCAGCAGCCAUCGGGGCGGGGGCUCCGGGGGCUACCUGGAGCACGUGUUCCAGCACGCAGCCCGGGAGCUCUUUGGAAUCCACGUGGACGAGAUCACCUACAGACCCCUGAGGAACAAGGACUUCCAGGAGGUGACCCUGGAAAAGGAGGGCCAAAUCGUGCUGCACUUUGCCGCGGCCUAUGGCUUCCGCAACAUCCAGAACCUGGUGCAGAAGCUCAAGCGAGGGCGCUGCCCGUACCAUUAUGUGGAGGUCAUGGCCUGCCCCGCAGGCUGCUUGAACGGCGGAGGCCAGCUCAAGGCCCCCAACACGCCCGGCAAGGAGCUUCUCCAGCGCGUGGAGACGCUGUAUAGCAUGGUCAGGACAGAGGCGCCGGAGGAUGCACCUGGCAUCCAGGAACUGUACCGGUGCUGGCUGCAGGGCGAGGGCUCGGAGCGCGCUGGCCGCCUGCUGCACACAAGCUACCACGCGGUGGAGAAGGCCAGCUCCAGCCUCGGCAUCAGGUGGUAG